AUGAGCUCGAAUCCAGCGAAAUGGAUCAAGAUGAGCUGUGAGUAUUUCGAGGAAAUCCAAGAGUUACAAAGUUCCUACUAUUGGUCCACGCAAAUCAAUUCCUCGACAAUCGUCAUUUUGUAUGCAAUCGUUUGCUCGUUUGGCGCCUUCGCGAAUCUCUUGGUUUUCCUCGCUUUUCUCAAGACGCCUAUGCUAAGAAAUAUUCGGAAUGCUUUCAUUGUGAAUCUCGCAAUCUCUGAUUUCCUUUUGUGCUCAUUCACUGCUCCGGCUACCCUCUAUUUAUUCGUCAAUCUUUAUUGGCCUUUUGGAGAGGAUUUAUGCAAAAUUGUGGCUUCACUGCAAGCGACGAACACUUUCGUCUCAUCGCUCACUCUCGCAUUGAUCGCUGUUGAUCGAGUGUUGUUGACGUUGUGUCCAAUCAAAUGGCGUGUCGCUUCAACAGGACCCUCAAUUUUCUAUGGUCUUGUUUGGUUGAUUUCGAUUCUCGUUGCGGCACCGUACGGUUUAGCGGUGAGCGCAGUUGUCCCAACUUUCACCCCAUGGUCGAUGAAGACAACCGCUUCUUUGCUCGAACAUUGUGAUCUCGAAUUUCCGGUGAUUUGCCGAGAGGACGAGGUGAAAUGGCGACAAUUCCCCGUUGGGAAACUUGGCUAUACAACGAUUGUCUUCGGUGUCCAGUACUUGUUACCAUUGACCGCGUUGCUCUACGCCUAUCUUCAGAUUGGAACAACGAUAAAAAAUCGCUCAAAAGUCAUCUUGCCAGCAGAUACAAGGCGACGAUCGAUUGUACAAAGUAAAAAGAGAAAAGCUCUGAUUCUCUUGGCGAUCCUUGUGCUGAUCUAUGCUGUUGCGUGGGCACCCGCGAAUCUCUACAGUUUAUUCGCCGGCUUUCAACUGAUCACAUAUUCACAACCAAUCUACAUUUUCUGCCAUUUAAUCGGCAUCUCGUCGGCUUGCGUCAAUCCGAUCAUUUACGCGCUGGUAAACGAGAAUUUUCGAACGGCUUUUAGGGAAAUGUUUUGGUGGUUACCCUUUUCUUCGAGACAUCGAAAAUCGGAAGAGCCGACGAAUUGUGUUGUCUUUUCGAAUGCGAAAAAGAUAGAGAACAAUCACCAAAACGCAAGUGUAUUGAUUCGUUUAUCCGAAGAGAAACAGUCAAAUCAUCGAGAAAGCAUUUCUUUA